AACAACAAAAUCAAAAUCCAUUAAUAUAGAACAUAUGAUUCAAAAUUGAAAAUGUUUUCAUCAAGUUUAAUCAGAAGUGUUGGUAGCAGUAGCAGUAGCAAUAGUAAACGUAAAACAAAAAAUCAAUCAAAACAACCAAUCACAACAACAACAACAACACCGUCAACAUCAAAACAAAGAUUAUCAUCAACAACUUUUGGUCGUAUUUCAAUAGUUGGUGAUAUUAUUGAAAGAACAACCAGAUUAAAUAAACAACAACAACAACAACAACAACAAAAUAAACGUGUGAUGAACACUACCACCAAUACCAAUGAUGGUAUCGAUAAUCAACUCAACUUUGAUGAUGAUGAUGAUGAUAAUAAUGAUGAUAAUAAUCGACAAUCAUCAAGUAUUACAAUUAUAAAUGGUAAUAAAAAAAAUGUAUCCAUUUCCGAUCGUUGUGAUCAAUUAUUAUUUGGUGUUGAACCAAAAACCAUUGAUAAUUAUGAUGAAUCAGAAUCGGCAAUAAUGGCAACAACAACAACAACAACAACAACAACAACAACAACAACAGCAACAGCAUCAGCAAUGACAACAGCAACAACAACAGCACUGACACCGAUAAUGAUUCGUCGAAGGUCAUCAAGAAAAUUGAUGAAAAAAUCAAAAAAAAUUUUUAUUGAUAAAACUAGUGAUGACGAUGAUGAUGAUGAUGAUAAUAAUAAUUAUGGUUUGAAACAACUACGUAUGAAUAAACAUUUGAAUGCAAAUAUUAUGAAUGAUACAACAACCAACAAUAAUAUCGAUAAAAAUCGAUGUGGUUCAAAUCAAUCAAAUUGUUCAUCCGGUGGUACAUCAUCAUCGGCAAGUCCAUUUCAUCGCCAUUCAAAAUAUACAUCAUCAACUAGAUCAUUUUCAAAAUCAAGUCUAAAACAAUUAUUGUUUUCAUUCAAACGUUUUACACCAUCAACAAUGACUAGUGACUGUGAUACACAACCAAGUGAUUUUGAUCCAGAUGAUUUAACAUUAUUACGACGUAAUCGUCAUCAUCAUCAUCAUCAUCAUCAGAAACGAUUAAAAUCGGAUAAUAAUGUUCAUCAUCAUAAGAAUAAAAAUAAUAAUAAUCACAGAAAUGCACGCAUAACAAGUAGUAUGAGAUUAUCACCAUUUUGGAAGCCAAAAAAAUCAUUAAUUCUUGAUCAAGAUAAUCGUCGUGCUAUAUCUAUACCGGAUCUAAGUUCAAUGAAUCUUAAAGAUGAUUGUUUAAUUGAACAGAUGAUGAGUGAACCAACAGCAACAACAACAACAAAAACAAAAAAAUUAACUACCGGUGUAGAAAUAGAUAAUUAUUAUACACAAACUGAAGAUGAUGAACAAAAUAAUAUUGGCCAUAAUAUCAUUGGUGAUAUUAUUGAAAGAACAACCAGAUUAAAUAAACAACAACAACAACAAAAUAAACGUGUGAUGAACACCACCACCACCACCACCAAUGAUGGUAUCGAUAAUCAACUCAACUUUGAUGAUGAUGAUGAUGAUAAUAAUGAUGAUAAUAAUCGACAAUCAUCAAGUAUUACAAUUAUAAAUGGUAAUAAAAAAAAUGUAUCCAUUUCCGGUAAGUGA